UAAAGAGCGAUGGAUAACUCUUAGCGUAGAAGUUAUUUAAAUUAUAGUGUAAAUUUAAAGUUUAAAAGCGCGAGAUAUGAAUAUAAAUGAAAAUAUUUUUUUUUCUAUGUAUGUCCGUUGAACACAUUUAACUCGUCUUUUUAUCAUUUUGCUUUCACACUUUCUAUUCGAAUUUAAGUGUUACUAAUUUCAAUUAUAAAAGCUGUUUGUGUUUGUAUACAAAAAUGGAUAAGUUAAGAAACGAAGCGAGCAGUUCCGAAUCAAAAACAGAAUCUAACAAGGAACCUUUCUGGGUAUUUGGUUAUGGUUCCCUUUGCUGGAAUCCAGGGUUCGAAUACCAGCAAUCCUUGACUGGUUAUGUAAAAGGUUUCUCAAGGAGAUUCUGGCAAGGGAACACCACUCAUCGUGGAACAGAAGAUAAGCCGGGUCGCGUCGCCACUCUAAUAGAGGACAAGGAAGGAAUAACUUGGGGUAAAGCGUUUUUGGUGGCCGCAGAAAACAGCGUAGCACUGCCUUAUCUCACCAAAAGAGAAUGCAAAUUAGGUGGCUACAAGACCUGCGUUGUGAACUUCCAUCCAACACCCUUUUUACCGGCCACUAGAGCAGAUAAAAAGGAUGCCUUGUUGUACAUAGCCCUUCCAGAGAAUAAACAUUGGCUUGGAUCGGCGCCUUUGCCAGAUAUAGCGAAACAAAUACUGGAAUGCCGUGGUCCAUCUGGCUCAAACGUUGAGUAUCUCCUAAGGCUGGCAGACUUCAUGAGAGAAGAAAUUCCUGAGGCAUUAGACGAUCACCUUUUCUCCUUAGAAAGGUUAGUCAGGAAGUUCGCUGCCGAUUUCAAGAUAUGCUUAAGGUCUUUAGUUGGGGAACAAGAAAGAGCAGAAAGAGAGGUCAAAGUGGCCGUUCCUAGCAAUCAAUUCGCCUCUAGAAUACCCGAGAAAAAGCUGCGUUGCGUAAACAUGUGAAGUUCUUAUUUUCGAGAUUUCGUUAGGCUCGCAACAAAUUAUUUGUAAUGUACCUACAGGGAUUUUGUACAAAGAUUCAAUGUAGGUUGUUCUUGUAAUGAAAAUGAUUGUUUUCAUUCAUUGACGGAAAAUAUAGAAACGCUACCAUUUUAUGCGACAAAUUAUGUUUCUUUAGAUUCCACAGAAAAAAAUAACUAUCUAAUUUACGAUCGUUUUUGAUCUACAGUUUUAAAUAACUUGAAUUUAAUGAGACCUUGAAUAGUAACGGAUAUAAUAAGAUCUCAAAAUUAUUAUAGAUUCGACAAUGUUUUCGUAUGUGAUCAAUGAUAAUUCGUGCUAGAUAAACUGACUGAAUAAUAAAUAAGUGACCGUAUCGUUAAAAAAAUAUUAAGCUUUUUGCAGCCAAUAAUGACUAAAAAUUUCGUUUGACUAUGGUUGUUCGUAUUUUGACCAUUGAAGGACCUAAUUAGGAACUUCUAGAAAUGUAUAAUUACUCGCCAUUGUAUAGUAGCUGGCUAUUUCGUCAAUCGAAUUUUACAUAAGACUUGUUGUUAGGCUCAAUCCAUUUCCUUCAAAUACUUGGCUGGUAUUGGUAACAUUCGAUUUCUUUGUGAAAGCAGCUGAUACUCACAUUAAAUUUGCUUUAUUCACGGGAAUGAUACAAAUUAAUAUCUAAACCCCGCUACUUGUCAGUUUUUCAACACACAUUAAACAUUCACUUUUACUGAAAAACACUCAUACGCGGUUUUAGUUGAUGUGCUGAUUUCAUCUUGACGUUUGUGAGUAAAUCAAAUAUUUGGCCAAACAUUGCCCAACAUUGGCCAGGUUUAAAACGAUUUCAAUGUGGCUCGCAAUAACAUUGAAUGAAUGAGAUACGACGUGUAAAUCUUUUACAAAUCAUUUACAAUAGACCAAUGUAUUGAAUUCAAAACAAUUUUUAUUCCGUUACACCUUUUUACUGUACUAUAUAGAUUAAUUUUGCGAUCUCCAGUUCAACCUUAAGUUUGCCUUAAUAUAUUUAAUGUUGAAAGUAUAAUUUAAACCUAUAAAUGAAAAAUAAAAAUAUUAGAACACUUGUAAGUAAGUAGUACUUUGGUAACAUGAUCACACCGGCUCGUAUAUUGUCAAUACCUAGUAUCCAUUUAAGAAUCAAUCCAGUACUAAAAUUUAUAAUAAUGAUAAUGAUAAAUAAUGUUGGAAAUGUUAAAACGAUAAAUUCAUGAUGGAGCGUUAAUUCAGGAAAAUCCGUAAUCCAAUAUUUAAAUUACAAAAUACUUAAAAAAUAACUACUAUUGUGUUGUUUGUUUUUUAUUAUUACUAUUUAAUCGAAACAUAAUUAACUACCGGUUGGAAAUAAGAAAUUACCGUGUCUAAGAAAUCUGUGUAAAAAAUGUAUCUUUUGUAUUUUAUGUUCAGCAAAAAGUGUCCUUAGAGGAAGGGUAUUAUGACAAAUGGAUUGAGUCAUGUCACAAAAAAAAUCAUCAUUAUUUUACUGUUAAUCGUAAAUUCAUAGUUUACCACAUUUAUUCCUUUUAUUAUAUAUAUAUAUAUAUUGAUAAAAAAUUGGAACGACCGUUAAGGAUUUUGAAUCCGGAAAAGUUUAUUAUGAAAAAAAUAUUAACAAUUGACCAUGACCAUUGAAAUACAGAAUAGGAAAAGUAAAAUAUUUAAAAAAAAUGUAAAAAAAAAUUAAGUUAAAGUAUCGGUAUUCUUUUUCCAAUAACCUAUUUAAGGCAGCAAAUUUUGAAACGUAAUAAAAGAUGUAUUGCAAUCGGUUCCGAUGCAGGAGCCGGUAAAAAUCACUGGUCUGACAUAAUUCUUUUAAUGAACGAUGCAUAAACAGUUUCCGUCUCAGUAAGAUAAUAUUUCAUGAAGCCGUAGUAGCUAGUGUAACACGAAAGUAGUAGACUACCUUCGUAUUACCUACCUGCCUACCUGCCUACUUACUUCGUUACUUCGCCUCGAGGGAACGCCGGAGCGGUUAGAACCGCCCCCGCGUUCCCUCGAGGCCGUUGACCCCUCGCGUCAGCUGACUCUUAAACGUCUUACAUUGCGUGCUUGAAAAAACGUUCGGAGGAAUAUGAAUUGAUGAUCAUUACAAUACGGUAGUGAUAAAUAAUCACUCAAUGUAUCCGCCUUCGCUUCCGGAAACGAUUUCAUUGUACCCUGUGUAAAAAACUAGCAUCAACAUUAUAAAGAUAGAGCAGAAACUGAAGAUUUUGUCGUGUGAACUAUCUGUCCAUCAAAAUAAACAUUAAAACAAUAUGCCUUUGAUUCAAAUUGGACUUGAUCAACUAGCUUAACGUUAUAACACGUACACUAAUAUAAUAAGCAUGCUUAAAAUUAUUUCUAAGCAGCUAAUUCAAAAUGCUCUCCACUAAAAAGAUAUAUAUAGUAAACAGCCAAAUAUUUGAAUGACGAAUACUGUUGCUCUAAUUAAAUCAGAUAAAGCUUUUAAAAUGUAGCAUUAUUGUUAUAAAAACUAAGAAUACACAGCUAUUUUUUUUUAAUUACUUAAGAUUAUUUUUAUUAUUAAAGUACUUUUUGUUGUUGUUCGUUUUAUAGUUCAAAUAGAUGUAUGCGAUAACAUAAUGAUGCCAAAGGCUUGUGAUGUUUUAUUGUUGUUUCAUUUGAAUGUGUUCAGUUUUGUUGAUUUCAAAGAUAACAGAUCCUCUGGUCUCGGAAAUAGAGAUCUUUUUACCAAAACACAUUUUAAGUUUUACAUUGUUACUAUUAUAUUUAUUAUGAAAUAUAAGAUCGUUCCAUAGGUACAGUUUAUUCAAUCAUAAUUAUAAAUACUAAACAAGACCAGUCAGCUAACAAUAGAACAAUAAUGUUUUGAUUCAAGCCAAUUAAUUUCCAAAAUAAGCUAGAGCAGUCACCGCGUUUAAUUGUAAAUAACAAUUGUGAUAAAAUAAAAUGUAGUGCAUCUGAUAUCCAUAAAAGUAUCUGCAAGUUUACAGUUUACUACAUCGACCAUUAUAUUUUGUCAAUUGCACGAACUAAUAUCAAAGAACAAACUGAAGGAUAAUAAAAAAAAUAUGACACUUGACAUAUUAAAUAAAUAUUGAACCACUCAUGACUUUAUAGAAUACAGUUGCUUUAAAUAGUUUUACGAAUAUUAAUAAUUUUAGCAUCACAUUUAAAAAAAAAAUCUCCUACCCUUCUCCCAGUCACCUGGGGUCGACGCAACAUGUUUUCUCCUUUCAUACUCCUCUAUCAUAUACCAUUUCUUCGCUCACUCCCUUCUUACACAAAUCGUCUUUCACGCAUCUCAGAUUUUUAAUGUAGCAAGAAAAUGAAAUGCUAUUUAAAAUAGUUAGGAAAUGUGUAAGAACUACUAGAAACUAAAAAUAAAUGCACAACUUUCGAAAAAAAGCUGAAAUUAUGUAGCCUUAGUAAUAGAUCUUUAUUGAACAAAUGAGUAAUCUAUAUUCGUAUCUCGUGCGUAUUGUGGUUGUAAACCAAAAUAAAUAAGAGAAAUAUUAAUAAUAAUGUAGUUACAAUUAACAUUUCAUUCUAAGUAUCUAUUCAAAUUCUUGAAAUAUUCAAGAAUAUGUUGUGGAAAAGAAGUAAUAUUAUACCUUUAUUUUUAUUAACUGGACGAUAAGUAAAUGCUGAUAUAACUGACUGAAACAUCAAGAAUAUUUUAUUAAAGAUAUACAUGUAAAAGCUAUGAUUCGUUUAAUGUAAAUUUAUUUUAAAAAAUCUAAUUGAGAAUAUCGCAAACAAGAAAAGCAUUUUUAGUUGAACUAUUAUUCCGCAUCGACACAUCGUCUUAAAUGUCUCAAAUUCGCUGUUUAAAUUCUUCUUACGUACAUAUAUCCAAUAAGCUUAAGUGUAAUAAUGUGCUGGAAUAUCCUAAACAAUGUGAUAAUAAUUGUACGCGAAAAUAUUUACAUUAAUUAUAAUCUGUAAUUUGGUAUGUAAGUCUAAUAUUGUGUAUUAACGAAACGAAAAAAAAUCGUGUAAAAAGUAAAUAAAAAUCUGAC